UCGUUGUGAUGAGAGACUAGAUAUAAUAUUAGGCACAAGAUAACAACAUAAUCAUUCAAAAAUGUUAAAUAUUUGAUUCGCUCAUAUUUAAUCGCACUUCAAUGAAGAGUCAUCAUUCAUUUGUCUCGUUUGUGUGUUAAUAGAUACAAAGUAUAAUGGAAACUAUUCCUGUGCUUGAUUUUACCCGGAUAUCAACGAAAGACGGUAGAGUGCCAUCACGUGAAGAUUUGAUAUUCAUAGCUAGUGAACUUGGUAAAGCAUUGAGUACAAUCGGAUUUGCAUACGUAAUUAAUCAUGGCAUUGAUCAAGUUAAGAUAUCAAAGGCUUUCGAAAGAUCGAAAUAUUUCUUUGAACAACCGACUGAGUUGAAACGGAAAUAUCUUAAAGAUAGAUCAAAAUCUUAUCAUGGAUACGUAAAUCCAGGACAAGAAAUAUUGCAUCCAAGUUCUGGACAUGAGAUUCGAGAGAGUUACGACUUCGUCAACGAUCCUAAGGAAUUCACACCUUGUGAAAUCGAGAAUUUCGAUUCAGCAAAUAUGGAACUGAAAAAUGAAUGCAAGCCCAUUGUCAAGAUAGCAUUGAGAGCGUUGGCAAUAUCGUUGGGAUUGGAAAAUGAAGAGUUUUUCGUUGAAAAUUCAAAGAAUCUUGACGAUUAUACUGCAUCCUAUUCUGAUUUUCGUGCCUUAUACUAUCCACAAAUUGGUGAUGAUGUCGCAGCCAAUACAGUCCGAUUAGGAGAGCAUUCCGAUUAUGGCAUUUUAACGAUAUUAUUCCAGGACGAUAUUGGAGGCCUGCAAGUCCGAACCGUUGAUCAGAAAUGGAUAUCAGCAACACCGAUCCCCGGAUCCAUUUUAAUCAAUACCGGAGACUUGCUGGAAUUUUGGUCUAACGGUUACUUUCCUGCCACGAAACACCGCGUUCUUAUACCGGAAGCUGAAAUAAAGAAGAGGAUACCCAGACAAUCCCUUGCAUAUUUCCAUCAUGCGGAUAAUUGUGCCAUAGUUACACCACUAGGUGCGAAAAACCCUAUCGACAAAAAUGAAUAUGGCUCAAUAAAUGCUGGUGAUUAUGCACAACAGCGAUUAGAUAGUACGUACAAAUACUAACGGGUGCAUUUGUAUUGUUCG